AUGCCCAACAACAAAUCAGCAAAACCGAAGUUCAUAACCCUCCGAUCGCAAUCCCCAUCCGCCCGCAUACUCCUUCGUACCCCAAUCCGCACUGAUGCAUAUUCCCUCGUCUGCCGUGUUCAAGAUCCCGAAUGCACCACUUAUCUCCCCCACCUCCGAUUCCCCAAGAAUCCGAUUACGAUACAGUCCAAUGAGAAGCAGAUCGAACUGUGGCGCAAUGCAUCUGGAAUCACUGAACAAUUCCUCGUCGUUGUCCUCCUUCCCGAAAGACCAGCAGAGGAUGGAUUAGAUCCCGUAGCGACAGUUGGCGACACUGGCCUCGCACCACUCAACAUCGCCGCAGGCACAGCAGAGUGCGGAAUCAUGCUCAACAGCGGUCCGGACAUGCGAGGGAAGGGGAUCGCAGUUGAGGCACUUGCGAUGCAGUUUGCCUAUGGAUUCGAACAUUUGGGCUUGGAGAUCAUCUCAUUCCAUACAAGUAAGGACAACGUCCCGAGACGCGGCCUCCUGGAGAAGAAAUUUGGGCUGGAGGCGAGAUGCAGAGAAGAGGAAGGUGACUGGGAGCUCGUAGCGACGAAAAGCUGGUGGAAUGAGCGUCAACAUGCAGCUGGUCCAGACCGGCAGAUGGUAGUUAGCGUGGAUGAAGGAUUGUGA